AUGCCGAACUUUGGUCCAUGUAGUGAACCAUCAUGUACUGCAAUUGCUGUUCGUCUUUUUGAUUGUGCUCAUCAUUGUAUGAAAUUAGUUUGUCUUCAACAUCUGAUAGAACAUGAUCGAUUAAUUAAUAAUAAUCAACUGUAUUUGAAUAAUCUUCGUAUAGAACUUAAACAAUUAUGGGCAGCAUAUUCAUCAUCAAUAGAUGAAACAAAACUUCGUUGUGAGUUUGAAGAAAAAUUAAAAAAACAUAAACAAUUAAUACAAGAUAUAACAAAUCUAUUUGAAAAUGAUUCACAUUGUAUCGAACAAUAUCGUUUUAUGUUGAAAAAACUCAAACAAAAUAUUGAACAAGAAAAACAACUGAAUCAACAUUCGACAGAAUUUUUUCCAUUUAUAGAGCAAAUAAAAAUUGAAUCUAUUGAUGAAAUUUCAACAGUUGAUGAACUUAAUUCGUUGAAUGCUAGUUUAACAAGUUGUAUCGAAAGUAAAAAUCGCAACAAUAUAACUAGUAAAUGUCGAACGAGCAAUUCUCUAUCACUUCGAAAAUUAUCUGGUACAUGUCCAUUUUGGUACGAUGGUGCGUUUGGUUUAACACAAAAGAGUCAUGAAAUGUAUUUAUGUUCCCGUGAAAAAUAUCAUCAACAAUUAUAUCGUCAUUUAACUAAAUAUCAUCAAUUAACUGUAUCAAGUGCAGAAAUAAUUGGUCAAGCAAUUCAAAAUAAUGAAAAUCCUUUUAAAAAAAGGUUAUUUCAAUUAAAUGAUAUUGUUAUUGAUCAACUAAAUCAUCUACAAUGCCCAUUUAGUAUUCAUAAUGAUGCAUUAUUAAUAACUGAUAAAUCAUGUGAACAUAAUUGUCGAACUGUAAAACCAUUAGUUGCACAUGCAUUACGAUACCAUUUAAUUCAUUUUCAUCAAAUGACAACAUUAAAUGCAAAUAAGAUUAAAAAAAAAAUGUCUGAACUAUCUGGUCAAUGUGAAGAUGAAUUAUGUUUAAAAGAAGCUAAUCCUAUAUCAAUACGUGUAUUUCCAUGUUUAUAUCAUUGUAAAAAAAUGUUAUGUAUUAAACAUUUAUCUGAACAUGAUAAAUAUAUUGAAAAUCAAAUUCAAUUUCAAAAACAAUUAGAACAUUUAUGGAACAAUUAUACUUCAAUAUUUAAUGAAGAUAAAAUUAAAAAAGAAUUUCAAAAAUUAAAAAUUAAACUUGAAAAUUAUCAAAAAUUGAGUGAAGAUAUCAAUAAUGUAUUAUUAAUUAAUCAUUUUCAUGAUUCUAUGGAAAAUAAUCAAAAACUUCAAAUAGCUAUUCAAACAGUACAGAAAGCUAUUGAACAAGAAUAUCGAUCAAAAUCAGGUAUUUUUGAUAUUCAUCCGAAAACUGAAUCAACUAUGAUUGAUGAAGAAGAAAAUCAACCGUCUAUCGAUUAUGGUAAUGUAUCAUAUAUAGAUAUAGGGGCUUCAAAAUUUAUUCUAUUAGCUGAUGGUUAUGGAAAUUCAAUUGAAUUCGAAAAUGAAGAUAAUACAAUGGAAGAUAGUUCACUUAGAGAUGAUAAUAGAGAAACACCAAAGAGAAAUAUUAGUGCAUCAAAAAUACGUGGUUAUUGUCCAUUAACACAAGAUGGUGUCUUUGGUAUUAGUUGUCAUUUACAUGGAAUAAGUUUAUGUUCAAGAAAAUCUGAUGGUAAUCAACGUACAUAUCGAUUACAUGAACAUUUUCGUCGUGUUCAUCAUUUAACUCCAUUAGCAUCACUUACACUUGCUCGAGCCAUCCAUUCAGGCCAAGAUCCAAUGACAACACAAUUAUUUAAUGAGCAUCAUAUCAUUUUAGAUAUAGAUGAAUUACGUACAGUUAUUUGUCCCAUAAAGAAGCCUUUUAUCAAUUAUCCAUUACUUCAUAUAGUUAAUUCACCAUGUGAUACAAUAAAACAAGUACGACAUCUUAAAGAUCAUCUUAAACGUGCUCAUAAGUUUACAAAUAAAGCAGCUAAUAUAAUUGUUAAAGGAGUGAAAGCUGAUGCACCAAUACAUAAGAUUCAAUUUCCACGAUGGAUUGAUAUUAUUGAAGAUGAUUAA